GCUCUCUCUGUCGUCAGCCUCCCGAGUACGCUUUUUCUCUCUAAAAAAUUUCUCUCCGUCGAUUUUCUUUCGCCACCGAAGACCGAUUUCUGUCUCUCCGAUCGUUCCGCCUGCGAUUCCCUUUCGCCGCGAUCACCGUGCAGCUGUUAUUCACUGAUGUUCUACUCGUUUUCGUCUGACGCGAAGCCACCCCGAGCCCUCUCAAGUUCACCGUCAUUGCCAUUGCGUUUUCCGGCCAAGUUUAGAUCCUACCUACGGUGUAGAAUCCAGGAUUUAUGGCUUCCCAUGUGGUCCCACCCGGACAUCUACGGUGUAGAAUCCAUCUCAUUCCUUUAUAAACUUCGUCAAACAAUCUUGAAUCUACCCACUGAUCAAAACGCACACCAACAGUCCAACUCCCCUUCUUCCUCAUUUCUCUCUCUCUCUAAAAACCCAGAAAAAAAUAGCAACGAUGCAGUACAAUAACCUGGGAAAAUCCGGUCUGAAAGUGAGCCAGCUCUCGUACGGAGCAUGGGUGAGCUUCGGCAACCAGCUGGACGUGAAGGAGGCGAAAUCCCUCCUCCAGUGCUGCCGCGACCACGGCGUGAACUUCUUCGACAACGCCGAGGUCUAUGCCAACGGCCGGGCCGAGGAGAUCAUGGGCCAGGCCAUCCGGGAGCUGGGCUGGCGCCGCUCCGACAUCGUCGUCUCCACCAAGAUCUUCUGGGGCGGCCCAGGCCCAAACGACAAGGGCCUCUCCAGGAAGCACAUCAUCGAGGGGACCAAGGCCUCGCUCAAGAGGCUCGACAUGGAGUAUGUCGAUGUCGUUUACUGCCACCGCCCCGACUCGUCGACGCCGAUCGAGGAGACGGUGAGGGCGAUGAACCAUGUGAUUGACAAGGGAUGGGCUUUCUAUUGGGGGACCAGUGAGUGGUCGGCCCAGCAGAUCACUGAGGCUUGGGGGAUCGCCGAGAGGCUCGAUCUUCUUGGGCCUAUUGUGGAGCAGCCUGAGUAUAAUCUCCUCUCCAGGCACAAGGUUGAAUCGGAGUACCUCCCACUCUACAGCAACUAUGGUGUUGGUCUGACCACUUGGAGUCCACUUGCUUCUGGAGUGCUCACCGGAAAAUACAACAAGGGAGUUAUACCACCUGACAGUCGAUUUGCAUUGGAAAAUUACAAGAAUCUUGCUAACAGGUCACUGGUUGAGGAUGUGUUGAAAAAGGUAAAUGGCCUGAAGCCAAUUGCAGAUGAACUAGGUGUCCCAUUAUCUCAACUUGCAGUUGCAUGGUGUGCUGCAAACCCUAAUGUCUCAUCAGUUAUUACUGGUGCUACCAAGGAGUCUCAGAUUCAAGAGAACAUGAAAGCCAUCGAUGUUAUCCCCUUGCUGACGCCUGCGGUGUUGGAGAAGAUCGAAGCUGUCGUGCAAACUAAGCCAAAGCGUCCGGAUUCGUAUAGGUAGACGUGGGAUAUUCAUUCAAAGUCCUUCACACUUCUGCACAUUGCAGGUCCAUUCUUCCAACAUUUAGGGAUAGAGAGUUCAUGCCUUCAUCAGUAAAUUGCACCUGGUUUUUCUUAUUUCGUGUUGUUUUGCCCUUGGACUAACAUAUGCAUCUCUUAAAUUUAUGGCGUUUUUCUUCCCCCUCAGGUAUUAUGAUGUUGGGGAAUAUGAGUCUCUCUAUAGUUGAGCAAUACUCUGCAUUGUAAUCAAUCCCUGUUUGUUUUUGUUUUUCCAUUUGCUGUUUGUUUUCCUUUUGCAGUAAAA